GAGUGCUUAAAUCUAUAGCGUCUUCUUUUUCGAGUGAACCGAAUUUUUUAAGAGAGCCGACACUCUCUUAACUUUCUUAGCAAAAUAAAAUACAAUGUUGUUACUGCAUUGUAUUUGUCAAUUGCUUUAUUCUCGCUUUAAUUGCAUUGACAUAACACCAAUUCGCCAGAGCAACAAUGAAGGCCGUCUUAUCAGUGGUUUCGGUCUUAUCGCAUAGAGCCAUAAACGUUCAGAGAUUAUGAAAGAGAGGGAAAGAACUAGAAAACAACACAGAGAGAGAGCGAGUGAAAGUAUAGAAAAACGCUUUAGUCGCCGGUCGAAUGUUCAACGUGAAACACGUGCGGUUGUUAUAAGAAAGAUCUAUAUCUAUAUUAAGCACUAUGAGUUCCGCGUCUCUACGUCUGCUUAGUAAAACUAAACAAACUGCUCGGAUUGUAAUCGUGGGAGCGGGUUCCGCCGGAAUAGCAGCUGCUACCCGUCUCCUGGAUCUGGGCUUCCGAAAUGUUCUUCUCCUCGAAGCCGAACAUCGUAUAGGCGGACGUGUCCACACGAUUCCCUUUGCCGACAAUGUCGUUGAUCUCGGCGCCCAGUGGUGCCAUGGCGAACAGGGCAAUGUGGUAUACGAGAGGGUCAAGGAGCUGGAUCUUCUGGAGGUUACGGAGCGCCACUAUGAAACCUACAAGUGUGUGCGAUCUAACAAAGAAGUUUUACCAGAAGGUAUAGCAAAUCAACUGAAAGAUAUUGCAGAAAAUUCUAUACCAGACAGGCAAACAGAGCUAAUGGACUUUGAGGGUUCCCUGGGUGAUUAUAUCAACAAGAAGUACUGGAUGGAGCUCGCCAAACUGCCGCCCAUUGAUCGCACCAUUGCCGAAGAGUUCCUGGAGGUGUUCCAAAAAUUCGAAUCAUCUGUGGAGGCGUCAGAUCAUCUCUUUGAAGUUUCAGGAAAAGGUCACCUGGAGUAUUGGCUAUGCGAGGGAGAACUAUUACUCAAUUGGAAAGAUAAGGGCUACAAGAGAUUCUUGAGAUUGCUUAUGAAAGCUCGGGAGGAUAAACCCGAUGAUCUUGGUGUCCUCAAGGGUCAUGUGCUACUCAACAAACGAAUCGCCGAGAUCAAUUGGGAAGGAGCCGAUGAGCUGACCUUGCGCUGUUGGAAUGGUGAGGUUAUCACCGCAGAUCAUGUGAUAUGUACGGUUUCACUGGGAGUUCUCAAAGAGCAGCAUCCAAAGCUCUUUGUUCCCGCCCUGCCAGCUGCAAAAGUGAGAGCCAUUGAGGGUCUCAAACUGGGCACAGUCGAUAAAUUCUUCCUGGAGUUCGAUAAUCAACCUCUCCCAAGUGACUGGCCUGGGUUUAACUGCCUUUGGCUAAGGAAGGAUCUGGAGGAGCUGCGAGCCUCCGAACUAUUUUGGCUGGAGAGUGUGUUCGGUUUUUAUCCAGUCUCCAGGCAACCACGCAUCCUGCAGGGCUGGAUCAUUGGGCCACAUGCCCGACACAUGGAAACGCUCACCGAGGAAAAGGUGCUUGAGGGUCUACUGUGGCUAUUCCGUAAGUUCCUGCCCUUCUCGAUAGCCCAUCCAGUGCGAAUGCUGCGCACCCAGUGGCAUGCGAAUCCCAACUUCCGUGGCAGCUACACCUUCCGUUCCACCUACACCGAUGCGUUAAGGACCGGUGCCUGGGAUCUGGAGGCACCGCUCCAGGAUGUUGGCGGCAGGCCACGCCUUCAAUUUGCUGGCGAAUCAUCCCACAGGCACUUCUACUCUACGGUCCAUGGAGCCGUAGAAACCGGAUGGCGCGAGGCGGAACGAUUGCACCUCUACUACCGGUCGCGAACAGCUCAGCUAUGAGCUCACACCUUAGGAGACCGGGUGAAUAUUUUCCAGAACCGUGAAAUCGAGAUUGGCCACAGGCAAUUGGCCAUAAAAACAUAAGAAAUAUAUCUUUCAUUUCCAUUUUAAGUGUCCCAUCAGUAUCUCUUACACAUUUUUAAGAGUCAACAACUAGAAAUAAAAGAAACUUAAGCAACAAUUUUAAUAGUUUAAAUAUUACUUAUUUGGAUUUGGAUGUGUAUUCGGUGUAUUCGUGGUAUACAAUCUGUAAUCAACACUUGGUAACCAUUUUAUAACUGCAAAUAAACGCUUAAUUUUUGUCCAGA